CCCGAUUUUCGCAUAAUCUCCAACUUUAUAUGUUAACGCAAAAAUAUCAUAAAUAUGAUAUUUCUCGUUUGUUGCACCAUAAAUGCUAUAUAAACACCGAAGAACUUGUAUAUUUGUGGAAUUUAUAUGAUAUAUCUCGUUUGUUGCAUCAUAAAUGCUAUAUAAACACUGAAGAACUUUAUAUUUGUAGAAUUUACGCAUUUAAACUACUGCGAAUACUUUGAAACACUUCAAGGGAUAUAUUCGAACUUUCAUCUGGGAUAUUUCUCUAUGGAUCUUGAAUCGGUUUUUUGCUUUUGGGGUUUUGACAGAGAUUUAGGGUUUUGGGUUUUGAUCGUGGGCUGUUUAAAAAAGUUCAUGGAUCUUUUAGGUCUCUUAAUUUUGCUUUAUUUUGGUAUAAAGAUUUUCAACGUUGGGUUUUUUAAUCGGUUUCUAAAUUGGUUGUGCUUGAGAAAUUGUUUACAUGGGAACUCCGAUUCGAAGAUGUCGAUUUGUAAAUGCGGAUGGAUGAGUUUUUUUAAUAUUCCGACCUCGCCAAUGAUCGAGAAAUGGGAGGUGGUUAAAGAAACUGUAAAUAGCAACGAAAGAAGUCGUUCCGGUGCUGAUAAACAAGAGCAUUGUGACGAAGAAGACCAAGUGUUCGAUGUAAUGACUCUGAGAAGAUUGGUGAAGAUAGAGAGGCAGCGAGCGCAUGAUGCUUACAUAGAACUCGAGAAAGAGCGAAUGGCGUCCACCACUGCAGCCGAGGAAGCAAUGGCUUUGAUUUUGCGUCUUCAGAAUCAGAAAAGCGUCCUUGAAAUGGAAGCCCAACAACAUCAAAGAUUGAGUCAUGAAAAGCAACUCCAUGAUCAAGAAGUUAUUCAAUCGUUGAGGUGGAUUGUGAUGAAACAUGAAUCGGAAAGAAGCAUAUUGGAAGAUCGUUUAAGAUUGUAUAAACAAAGAUUGAAGCUUUAUCAGAGUUACGAUGGUGAAGAUGGAAGCGAAUGGAUUAAUGGAUCUUUGAGUCGUCUUGAUAACCUCGAUGAAGGGCUCGUUAGCUCUCUUGAAUUGGGUUUGUCGCCAUGGUAACUGCUGCAGACGUUAAAAACACACAGUCUUCUUAUUGCAGACUGCAGACAUUUGGUCCACCUCUUCUGCCGCAGAGGCUUGCAGAUGUGGUCCGCAGACUGCAGACAUUUUGGCUUCAAAAAAACAAACAACACCUAAUUGUAAGAUCUAAAACUUCCCUACCUGAAUAAAAAAUUUCAACCAUAUCAAGAACACCUUGAAAAACCUCUCUCUCUCUCUCUCUCUCUCUAUAUAUAUAUAUAUAUAUAUAUAUAUAUAUAUAUAUAUAUAUAUAUAUCCCUCUCUCUACAAAGCUUCUCAUGAUCUAAAAAGUUCAAAUUAACCAAUAAGUCGCACAAUGAAUACUCUUACACAACAUCUUAUUCCAAUGGUGAUCAAUUAUCUCGAUAUAAGGCUUGUAUAAUUCUUUAUUUUUCUUAAACAAUUCCAUAACCCCUUUCCUUGCCCGAUGCAUUCUCCCAUAAAUAUAACCCAGUGCAGAUUUUUCAUCCGAAUUGCAUAAACUCAAAAGCCUUAACAAAUGAGUCAUCACUUUCAUUUUAAUCAAAAAAUUCCUCCAAAACAUUCCGUUCAAAAGCAUUUGUUUAUAUCCAAAUGAAUUUCCCACUUUCAACAUGUUCUUAAACUUGUUAGACAUGACCAUAGCUUGUAAAUUAUGGCCAUACAAACUUUUCAAUGAAAUGACUGCAGUACCAAAACGAGUAGCACAUAAAUGGAUGAUUUUUGUCCAAUCGCGUCUUUUCCUUAUCCAAUUCAAGGGUUAAUUAUGAUUAGAAAUUAAAACAGUACGAUAUGCAAGAGUGACCAGAUUUUUCACAUUCUCUAAUUCUUAAACAUUAUUUAAUACAAAAUUAAGAAAUGUGUUGCAGAUUGAGAGGCCAAGAAAUAAAAGUAUAUCUUUUACAUAAUAAAUUACCAGCAAGCUUGUAAUUACCAACAUUGUUACUAACAGUUUGAACAAUAUUCUUUGUUUCUACUAUUUUAACAAUCUUAACAAACAAAUUACACAAAUAUGAAGCAUUGUUCUCUAUAUUUGAUACAUCAACAUAUUUGGACAAUCAACCAAUAAAUUAAUCAAAUGUCGUUGCUUAAUAUCCCUUACCAAUCAUUCAUAAUCGUGCAACCACUUUCAAUCCAUUGACUUCUAUAUGAAUCAAUAAUAACAAAACUAACUACUUAGCGUCUUGACAACAAAUUGACCCUCAAAGCAUUAUAAUUAGGUGUUUUGUAACCAUAACGAAAUCCUGUUAUUUCAUGUUCUGUAUGUUGAAUAUAAGGAGAGUUAUAAUCAUUCGUAGGUACACAUGUGUCACUGAACCACAUAACAAUAUCUAAAUCCACAUCAUGUAAUUUUUCCUUACUUUGCAUGGCAAAUUUAAUUGUGGGUCGAGAAUGAUCAUCUAUACCCUUUGUGAAUAAAAGAUGAAAACGUGAUGUAGCUUUCCUUUUUUUCCUUUUUUUAACAAACCGUUCUUCGACAUUUUGCAAUUAUGAGGAAUGUUUCAUCCGACUCUUUAUCGUCAUCUAAGAUAUUAAUACUAUUUGUGUCACCACCAUUGGCUUUAUCUUUUUUCCUUUUGGGUUGUUUCUAUCAAAAUACAUUACAUAGUAAAUGGACUUCCAGAGUUACUAUUUUACAUGAUGUUAUCUCACCACUAGUAUCGACAUGAUGCUUCUUAUUCCACCAUAAUGAAUAACCUUUUGCCAAAAAUUACUCAUGUGUCUUUUUUCCCUUAUCAUCAACAACUAGAGUUGCAUAUGCUGAUGAUUUAUCCAUAUUCGUUCUUACAUUUGAUUGAAUGGGAGAAUAUGAUUGAGUUGCGUAUGCUCAGGAUUUAUCGGUCUUCGUUCUUCAUUUAACUAUGUAAGGUAUUUUUUUUUAAAUGGCCCACAUAGAAAAAAUAAAGCUAAUGGUGGUGGCAUAAAUAGUUUUUAAUAUUUCAGAUGACGAUAAAGAGUCGGAGGAAACAUACCUAAGGAAUGUCAAAGAACAAUAUGUUUAGAAAGGAAAACUACAUCAAAUUUGCAUCCUUUCUUAUUGUCAAACUUACGAUUAAAUCUAUAAUGCAAAGUAAGGAAAAAUUACAUGAUGUAGAUUUAACUAUUGUUAAAUGGUUUUAUGAUACAUGUACGCCUAUGAAUGCUUGUAAUUGCUCUUAUUUUCAACAUAUGAUGGGUAAAAUAGUAAGAUUUGGUUAUGUUUACAAAGCACCUAAUUAUCUUGCUUCGAUUGUCAAUUUGUUGAUAGAAGUUAAGAAGUCAAUUUUAUUAUUGCUGAUUUGUAUAAUAGCCAAUGGAUUGAAAGUGGUUGCACGAUUAUGAGUGAUAGGUGGAGGGAGAUAUUAGGCAACGGCAAUUGAUUAAAUUAUUGGUUUGUUGUCCCAAAGGGAUUCGUUUCUUAAAUAUGUUGAUGUAUCAGAUAUAAAGAGCAAUGUUUCAAAGUUGUAAUUUGUAGAACAUUGUUCAAAUUGUUACCAACAAGUUUGUAACUUGUUGGUAAUUUGCUAUGUGAAAGAUAUAGUUCUAUCACAUUGGUUUGAUCUUGUAUUAAAGGAUGUUUUGAAAUUUUAUAGCAUGAAAAGUUUGGUCUCGAGGCUUACUUUUUUUUAUUUAUAAUCAAGUGGCCUAUGAAUUGGUUAAGGAAAAGACAUGGUUGGACAAAAAUCAUUCGUCCAUGUGAUACUCAUUUUGGUACCACGUCCAUUGCGUUGAGAAGUUUGUAUGACCAUAAAGCUGAUUUACAAGCUUUGGUCAUAUCUAAUGAGUUUAAGAAGAUGUUAAAGUGGAAAAUGUUGAUGAACGUAAACAAAAUGUCUUGAAAAAAAACUUUUUGGGAGAUUUGUUUGAUUAUAGUGAAAGUGGUGACUUUUUUGUUAAUGCUUGUGUGUUGUGUGAUUUAAAUGAAAAACCUACAUCAGAUUAUGAUUAUGAGGGAAUGCAACAAGCAAGAAAGGGGGUAAGGAAUUGUUUAAGAAAAAGAAAGAAUUAUACGAGCCUUAUACUAAAAUAAUCAAUCGUCAUUGGGAUAGGAUGUUGUGUAAAAGUAUUCAUUGUGCGCAACUUAUUGGUUAAACCCAUCUUUUUAGUAUGAUCAUGACAAGCUUCGUUAUAGGAAAGAGGUUUUUCAAGGUUUUCUUGAUACGGUUAAGAAGAAUUAUCUAGGUAAGGAAGUUGUAGAUCUUACAAUGUCUUUAGCCAAGUUUCGUGAGUGGAGGUACUUUUGGUCAAUCAAGUGAUGUUGCUUAUCGUAUUAUUUCGUGUCUAUGUCUGAUUUAAAUUUUAUAUGUUAUUACUAAAUACAUUAUCAUGAAAUAUAUGUUUUUUAGCAA